AUGUAUCACUACACCUUGGACAUCAGUUACUGCGGAGAGAAGGCGAGACAGGCUGCCUUGCACAAGUCCGCGAACAGCGUUGAACGUCAUGACGAUCUCAUGCGGCGAGCCGUCGAACCGUUUCUGCCAAACAUAUGGCGUACAUGGGAAGAGCACGGGGAAACAGAUCGCAGGCUGCGCGAGCUAGACAUGCGAAUCAUGCAGCGCGGAGGCUACCGCUCAUAUACAGGAAGGGGUGGACCUAAUUUUAGGGUUCCUGAAGCUGCCGCUCCCGGGUCCGUCCUAUCUGCGAUUGUGAACAUCGCUCUCGUCACCAUCAAGGAGGAACCCACGGACAAUGAUGCUCAAGUUCUCCUGAACGCAGACUCUACACACACGUGGAAGGCAGUACGGCUGGCAAACGGCGUCGGCGCGAAGCCCGUGCUGGUGGACACGCUCAGGAGUGCCCUCACCGCGGCGGUCACCGUGCAGGCGCGGGAGGCGCAACUUGAGGCGGACGUCGCAUUGUACAGAAGCCAAGCGGAGCGGUUGGCGACCCGCGAACGCUUCCAAGUACAGGCGGCGCGGAAGGACGCGGAGCUGGCGGAAGCGCGGUAUCAAUGGGCGCAGGAGCGUAUCCGGGUACUCGAGACGAACACAGAGAAGGAACGGGUCGCGCGUGAGAUGCGCGAGGUGCAGGCACUGCUCGAGCAGGAGAAGAUGGAGCGAGCGCAGGGCGAGGAUGCAGGGCGGGCUGCACAGGAAACCAUUGCUUCCCUGCGAGCAGAACGAGAUCGGCUUCAGACAGAGUUGCAGACGGCUCGCGAUGCUGUUGCCUCGGUGCAGGCACAAUGGCAUUCGGCGCAUGAGCGAGAGCUCAAGGCCGAAAUCGACAAGCGAGAGCGUGCAGAGCGAGUGGCGCUGGAGCUCGGCAAGAAGCUAGUAAGGCUGCAAGUGGACAUGCGGAGUCAAAACACUGCCCUCCGUGAGCAGGUUGAGACGCUGACGAAGGAACUGGAGGGCGAGCGCGCUGAGUGCUCAGCUAGGCGAGAACAGCUGGUGAUGGAGGUUUCAUCGUUGCGAGUGCAGUUGAAAGCUGCCAAUGAGGAUAAGACUAUGGCUCCGAGAGAUUUCCGCGGAGGUGAAAACACCC